CAACCGAAAUGAAUAAUUAUUGUAUGUAUGACGAAUUUUGGCAAACAUAUUUAUAGACUAAUACACUUGAAACAAAUAGCCAAACCGAAAACUGCAGACAUUACUAUUAUUACUAUUACUGCCGCGAUCAAACCGGCAUAAAAAAUAAAUGUCAGCCAAUAGCUUAUUUUUUUGUGAACAAAAUGUGCGAUUCACACUCCGACCUGUGAAAGGCAGUAACACAGCGUCUAGUCUGCCGGAAAACCACACACAAAAAAAGUAAACAGUGACAAGUACAGUUUCCAGGUUAGCGUUGUUGUUUGGGGAUUUAUUAACACCCUGGAACUCAAUAUGACUCAUUUAACUGCACAAUAUCACACACUUACCACGUGUAGUAUUUAAUUCGCAUUGGAGACAAUACGUUUUCAAUAGAUGUUAUUUAGGUAACGCUAGCUAGAUACUAACGUUAGAUAACUGUAUGGUUUUUCACACUCAAAUAGCCUCCAUCAUGGAGGUGCUAGCGAAUGCAGCCGUGGCAGAGGUCUGUAAACUCGUAGACGACGACUAUGCAGUGUUUCGUUUGGAAAUAACUCAAAGUCAGAAAGAAAACAGGACAUUGCGGAGGAAACUACAGCUUCUGGAACUGAAGAUGGCACGGGAGCGCGUCCUCGCCAGUCGUCCCAGUAGUGUCAAGAUCCUCGACCGAUACAGAGGAAUGGCAAGAGGUGAAGGAAAUCUCACUGGAGGCCACAGGAGCUUUGUGAAGCCAGCGGGACACAAUACAUGGAGAGAUGACCAACCAAUCACUGUUGAUGAGGGGAGUAGAACCUCAAUCCAGCACGUUAUCAUGAUAGAGGAUGCAGAUACAGAGGCUGCAGGUCCUGGAGGAUUGUCUCUGGUCAAGCUUGAGAGUUCUGAAGGAGAGGAGGACCCACGGCACAGCAGAAACAUUCCUACUGGAGCAGCUGGCGCGCCCCCUGUAGCCAUGGAGGACCCCGCCACCCUCCCAGUGCAGCCCAGGACCCGAUGCAGAAUCACGGAGGUCAGUGGAAUGCCGAACGCCGUCCUCAAGUCAGAGACCGACACCGAGACUUUAACGGGGCUGGGACAACUUGACUCUCCUCCUGCUCGCUCAGAGUAUUUACUUUAUGGUAACAUGAGCCUGAGGACGGUUCUGCCCCUCCAGGACUCAUGUGACGUGUUACAGACUCAGAAUGACCCGUCCUGUUCAUAUGUUACGGAGACAGAGAUGAUACCUGGUGACAUGCCAUUGGUUUUGGAUACACAGACUAAUCCAAUGAGAGGGGACUGGAACCGGUACAGUAGUAGUGUAUACUCUGAAGGGUGCCUAGAUAAGAAAGGGGAGGAUCUGGUCAUAGAUGAGGUCACUGUGAAAGUGGAGGGUGACCCUCCUCUGACAUGGAAUGCAGACCAGACUCACUUAGGAGAAGGUCACUCGCAGGGCAACACCAGUGACUUCUUAGACUACAGGGAAAGCUUACAGACAAAUCUAAAUGUUGCGACCCACUCCCCUUUACACCCAGUGUCCACAUCGAUGGCACCUUUCGAUUCACACGGCCACGUCCUUUUCGAUCAGGAAUUGAACUCAAACGACAGGGCUAGAGCGCAGGCUCAGGAAAGGGAAGCAACAUCAGACAAUAGUAAAGAAGAACGGUUCCUCUGCAUGUUCUGUAACAAAGGCUUCAGCUGCCCCCAGAAGGUGGAGAUCCACCAGAGGGUCCAUACAGGGGAGAAAUCCUUCAGCUGUACCCAGUGUCACAUGCACUUCGCCAAGGCUGGCAAUCUGAAGAGGCACCAUAUGGUCCACACAGGGGAGAAACCCUUUAACUGUAGCCAGUGUCACAUGCGCUUCGCCCAGGCUGGUGACCUGAAGAGACACCAGCGCGUCCACACAGGGGAGAAACCCUUCAGCUGUAGCCAGUGUCACAUGCGUUUCACCCAGACUGGUGACCUGAAGAGGCACCAGAGGGUCCACAUGGGAGAGAGGCCGUUUGCCAGUAUGCACUGUGGGAAGAGGUCCUCAGAGAGGAGCUACCUCAGGAUGCACCAGCAGAUAAACCAUUCCACUCUAUAACAUAGAAAGUAACCAUUCCACGCGAUAGCUUCUGACAUUUAGAUCAAACCCUGAUUUAAAGACAAAUAUACAUUUUCAUUCUUGUAAGCAGAAUAUAUCCACAUACGCAUUUAGAAUAACAGAUUUCAAUGUUGAAUAUUCCUGGGUAAAAUAUUGCAUCCAGACAUUGUGUGGAACACCUUCCUAAUAUUGAGGUUUCGAAAGCGUUCCACCGCAUGCUGGCCAAUGUUGACUUGCUUACCACAGUUGUGUCAAGUUGGCUGGAUGUCCUUUGGGUGUUGGACCAUUCUUGAUACACAUGUAAAUUGUUGAGCGAGAAAAACCCAGCAACGUUGCAGUUUUUGACACACGGUGUGCCUUGCACCUACUACCAUACCCCGUUCAAAGGCACUUAACAUUUUUUUGUCUUGCCCAUUCACCCUCUACAUGGCACACAUACACAAUCCAUGUCUCAGUUGUCUCGAGGCUUAAAAAUCAUUCUUUAACCUGUCUCCUCCCCUUUUUCUACACUGAUUUUUAAGUAGAUUUAACAAGGGACAUCAAUAAGGGAUCUUAGCUUUCACCUGAAUUCACCUGGUCAGUCGGUCAUGGAAAGUACACUAAUGUUUUGUACACAGUGUAUAUCCACCAUGAUGGGCUUCACAGCAACAGUAAACAUGUCUAGACAGGAGAGAUGCUUGUUCAAACUUUAGAACUUCAGUUGAUUGCUAUAGCGCCCUCUUGAGCCAAUCAGUGUAAUUUUGUAAAUGCCAGGGCCCGGUUUCCCAAAAUGGUUCUGAAGAUGACAAGGAAGAGAGUGGAGAAGAGAAAGAUGCCCGUCACCUUUAUUAAUUCAGCCACUUACUUCGAUAACUAGCAAGUUAAGCUUAGGCAAAUUGUGUUGCUGCAUUUUGUAAACGCAGAUGUAAACGCAGAUCUAAAAUGCUUAUUGUAAAAUCUCUGUCAAAUGCAAGAUUGACUUUAAGCAAAACAUUAGGAAAUGUCGCUGGCUACAUUCUUUCUGUGAUAAACAUUAGAAAGACUAUGGCCAUACAUCGCUUUUGCAAAAAAAAAUACCUUGCUUUUUCAUUCUAAGUUAAUUUAUUUGUGUGGCUGCCAGUCAAAUAGCUUUGCACUUCUGUUGUCAUCUGAUGAAAAUGAAGCUAUUUUCUCCCGAAUGUAUUUAUUGUGAAGGAAAACUAUAGUUGCACAUCCCUGAUCACUCUAUUGAAGUCAAAAAACACUGACUUUCAAUAUAGAACGCGACCCCUGUCUACACAGCUGGACUCACCUGCUCUCGCUUUCUCCCGUUGUGCUAUUUGCAAACCAACUGUUUUGGGGAACUGCGGUAAGCUUCAUAAUGUAAAAUGAUGUCUAAUGAAGAACGCUAUAUGCUUUAUCUCCUGACGUAUUGCACAAGUUGACAGCAGGUACAUGCUUAAUAGGAUCAGACCCGUUUUUUUACAUUUUCGCCUAAAAUGAGAUACCCAAAUCUAACUGCCUGUUCAGGACCUGAAGCAAGGAUAUGCAUAUUCUUGAUACCAUUUAAUAAGAAACACUUUGACGUUUGAGGAAAUGUGAAAUUAAUGUAGGAGAAUAUAACACAUUAGAUCUGGUAAAAGAUCAUACAAACAAACAAAAACAUGUUCCGUCAUAUUUUCGGGAAUGCAAGAGUUGUUGAGUUAGGAUUCUGUGUAAUUUAGAUGUUGUCCACAAGAUGGCAGCAGUGUGUGCAAAAGCUUCAGACUGGGGGGGUGAAGCCAGAGACAGCAGUGGGGUCAAACUGUAGAACACAGUUUCUACAUUUGAAUAUAGACAUGUAUUUUUUCUAACAAAACUACACUACACUUUAUCUCUGGAACCCUCAGGAUGACAAAUCAGAUUAAGUUUACUGAAUGUAACUACUUUUUUUUUUUUUUUUUUUACUUUCGAGGUGAAUGUAUCAAACCACCAAACCCGUGAUGUGUUUUGUUGUGUAUUUCUGUAAUAGCUACUGUAAAUUGGACACUGCAGUAAGAUUAACAAGAAUUUAAGCUUGCCCAUAUAAGACAUGUCCCGGAAAGUUGGUUGUUGUAUACAAUGUUUUCUAGUCACAUUAUCGCAUAUUGAGCAACAACCGUCCCGGUUUAGGGACACCGAUCCCAUAGAGGUUUAAGUAGCUACAAAUAUAAAAAUGUAUUUAAAAACUGCAAAUAAAUAGUUAAUACGGUAUUGGUAAACCAUUCUGUGGCUGUUUCCAAAUACCCCAGUAUACACGGUUUACCUCCCAAGCCUAGUUCUUAAAUGUUUCUACACUCGGUGUAUAAAGCAUAUACUGUAAAACGCCGAAAAGGUCUGUUAUGUAUUGUGUUUGUACUGUGUAAGCUAUAAUGAUGUUCACAAAUACCUAUUUCAUUACCUCCAUUCAGUACUUAAUUUUUUUUCAAGACAGGAUGCAUCAGAAUAUGAAUGCAGAUUUGUAUUUUUUUAUUUUUUCACCUUUAUUUGACCAGGUAGGCAAGUUGAGAACAAGUUCUCAUUUACAAUUGCGACCUGGCCAAGAUAAAGCAAAGCAGUUCGACACAUACAACACAGAGUUAUACAUGGAGUAAAACAAACAUACAGUUAAUAAUACAGUAGAAAAAUAAGUCGAUAUACAAUGUGAGCAAAUGAAGUGAGUUAUAGGAGGUAAGGGCAAAAAAAGGCCAUGGUGGCGAAGUAAAUACAAUAUAGCAAGUAAAACACUGGAAUGGUAGAUUUGCAGUGGAAGAAUGUGAAAAGUAGAGAGAAAUAAUGGGGUGCAAAUUAGCAAAAUAAAUAAAUACAGUAGGGGGAGAGGUAGUUGUUUGGGCUAAAUUAUAGAUGGGCUAUGUACAGGUGCAGUAAUCUGUGAGCUGCUCUGACAGCUGGUGCUUAAAGCUAGUGAGGGAGGCUAGUGAGGGAGAUAAGUGUUUCCAGUUUCAUAGAUUUUUGUAGCUCGUUCCAGUCAUUGGCAGCAGAGAACUGGAAGGAGAGGCGGCCAAAGGGAGAAUUGGUUUUGAGGGUGACCAGAGAGAUAUACGUGCUGGAGCGCAUGCUACAGGUGGGUGCUGCUAUGGUGACAAGCAAGCUGAGAUAAGGGGGGACUUUACCGUAGAUGACGUGGAGCCAGUGGGUUUGGCGACGAGUAUGAAGCGAGGGCCAGGCAACGAGAGCGUACAGGUCGCAGUGGUGGGUAGUAUAUGGGGCUUUGGUGACAAAACAGAUGGCACUGUGAUAGACUGAAUCCAUAUAGAUUCAGUAGGGUAUUGGAGGCUAUUUUGUAAAUGACAUCGCCAAAGUAGAGGAUCGGUAGAAAGGUCAGUUUUACAAGGGUAUGUUUGGCAGCAUGAGUGAAGGAUGCUUUGUUUGCGAAAUAGGAAGCCAAUUCUAGAUUUAACUUUGGAUUGGAGAUGUUUGAUGUGAGUCUGGAAGGAGAGUUUACAGUCUAACCAGACACCUAUAUAUUUGUAGUUGUCCACAUAUUCUAAGUCAGAACCGUCCAGAGUAGUGAUGUUGGACGGGCGGGCAGGUGCAGGCAGCGAUCGGUUGAAGAGCAUGCAUUUAGUUUGACUUGUAUUUAAGAGCAAUUUGAGGCCACGGAAGGAGAGUUGUAUGGCAUUGAAGUUCGUCUGGAGGGUUGUUAACAGUGUCCAAAGAAGGGCCAGAUGUAUACAGAAUGGUGUCGCCUGCAUAGAGGUGGAUCAGAGACUCACCAGCAGCAAGAGCGACAUCAUUAAUGUGUACAGAGAAAAGAGUCAGCCUGAGAAUUGAACCCUGUGGCACCCCCAUAGAGACUGCCAUAGGUCCGGACAACAGGCCCUCCGAUUUGACACACUGAACUCUAUCAGAGAAGUAGUUGGUGAACCAGGCGAGGCAGUCAUUUGCGAAACCAAGGCUAUUGAGUCUGCCGAUAAGAAUGCGUUGAUUGACAGAGUCGAAAGCCUUGGCCAGGUCGAUGAAGAUGGCUGCACAGUACAGACUUUUAUCAAUGGCGGUUAUGAUAUCUUUUAGGACCUUGAGCGUGGCUGAGGUGCACCCAUGACCAGCUCGGAAACCAGAUUGCAUAGUGGAGAAGGUAUGGUAGGAUUCAAAAUGGUUUGUGAUCUGUUUAUUAACUUGGCUUUCAAAGAUUUUAGAAAGGCAGGGCAGGAUGGAAAUAGGUUUAUAACAGUUUGGGUCUAGAGUGUCUCCCCCUUUGAAAAGGGGGAUGACGGCGGCAGCUUUCCAAUUUUUGGGGAUCUCAGACGAUACGAAAGAGAGGUUGAACAGGCUAGUAAUAGGGGUUGAAACAAUUGUGGUGGAUCAUUUUAGAAAGAUAGGGUCCAGAACGUCUAGCCCAGCUGAUUUGUAGGGGUCCAGAUUUUGCAUCUCUUUCAGAACAUCAGCUAUCUGGAUUUGGGUGAAGGAGAAGUGGGGAGGCUUGGGCAAGUUGCUGUGGGGGUGCAGAGUUGUUGGCCGCGUUAGGGGUAGCUAGGUGGAAAGCAUGGCCAGCCGUAGAAAAAUGCUUCUUGAAAUUCCCAAUUAUCGUAGAUUUAUCGGUGGUGACAGUGUUUCCUAGCCUCAGUGCAGUGGGAAGCUGGGAGGUGCUCUUAUUGUCCAUGGACUUUAGUGUCCCAGAACUUUUUGGAGUUACAUCCUGCUACAGGAUGCAAAUUUCUGUUUGAAAAAGCUAGCCUUUGCUUUUUCAAACUGCCUGUGUAUAUUGGUUCCUAACUUCCCUGAAAAGUUGCAUAUCGCGGGGGCUAUUCGAUGCUAAUGCAGUACAUCACAAGAUGUUUUUGUGCUGGUCAAAGGCAGUCAAGUCUGGAGUGAACCAAGGGCUAUAUCUGUUCUUAGUUCUCCAAUUUUUUUGAAUGGGGCAUGCUUAUUUAAUAUGAUGAGGAAAACACUUUUAAAGAGCAACCAGACAUCCUCUACUGACGGAAUGAGGUCAAUAUCCUUCCAGGAUACUCGGGCCAGGUCGAUUAGAAAGGCCUGCUCGCUGAAGUGUUUUAGGGAGCGUUUGACAGUGAUGAGGGGUGGUCGUUUGACCGCGGACCAAUUAUGGACGCAGGCAGUGAUCACUGAGAUCCUGGUUGAAGAUAGCAGAGGUGUAUUUAGAGAGCAGGUUGGUCAGAAUGAUCUCUGUGAGGGUGCCCAUGUUUACGGAUUUAGGGUUGUACCUGGUAGGUUCCUUGAUAAUUUGUGAGAUUGAGGGCAUCUAGCUUAGAAUGUAGGAUGGCCAGGGUGUUGAACAUAUUGUCUUGAUUGUCCUUCGAGAUAUGAUUUCUCUGCCGUUGUUAUCAUGGAUUCACAUACAGAACUGAUGUCCUCUCCCAAUGAACUACAGAUUGCUGUCAUCUUGCUGUUCUCCUGUUUAAAUGCCUAGGGAAUGGUUUCAUAGAAGGUCUAGGCGGCAGGUAGCCUAGUGGUUAGAGUGUUGGACUAGUGUCCGAAAGGUUGCAAGAUCAAAUCCCCAAGCUGACAAGGUAAAAAUCUGUCAUUCUGCCCCUGAACAAUGCAGUUAACCCACUGUUCCUAGGCCGUCAUUGAAAAUAAGAAUUUGUUCUUUGUUCCUAGUUAAAUAAAGGCAAAAUAAAAAGGCCUGCCUCAGUUACCUCCAUGGUUACCCCACCAAUACAGGCAAGGUCAGGGUGGGUGUUCACCACAAGAGGUACCUAGCCUAUAACACAGCACACAAUCCCAACAACACCCAAACAAUGGCUAGAGGUAGCUGAAAGACUUGCUUCUAUUUCUUAAAGUAGGGGUCGCAACAUAAAUGUAUAAUUAUUUAAUUAACUACUGGAAUUUAUUUGGCCAAGUGCAACUGCGCUCUCUACUUAGCAGCGAUCUCUCAGUUUGGUAGCUGCGCGAGUAUGAGAGGUAGAGGGAGAUGCCCAUGUGCUUCGCAGUUUACCGAUCCUUUUUCUGCAGUUUUGUUGAAGAUCCCUCCGCGACCCACACGCUGCAGCGCUGUCCUUCAAGCCACUGACUUGUUAUUCCCAGUCGCCAUCACUCACCGCUGUCAUGAAAUGGACUCAUGCUAGAACUCACAAGUUCUGACUGAGCUCAAUCGUCAUGAAACGCAAAUACAGUAAUGACUUUUUGUCUCUUUCACACAAACUUUGAGAAAUAACGAGGAGCGCCCACAAUAUGUUUUGUGUGGGGAAGUGCAUAGUAAUGAGUUUCUCAAAACAAACAAAUUAAUAGAAUGACACGUACUGACCAAACAUCCAGGCACAACAUGACGGUAAACCCAGGGAGUUCUUUCAGAACAGGGCAGAAUGCUUCAGGAAACAGUGCUUCGAAAGUGGAAAAGUAAGUCAACUAGCAAGGCAUUGCUGUCAUUUCAUUUAUGCAUAAAUAAGGGAGUACUAUCUCUCAUAGUAGAUGUGAGUUUCUCUUUCAAAAAAAUCCUCUGGCCUUGUUACGUUACACAGCUAACGUAAACUCACCCCACUCCGUAGAAAUGUGCGCAACCACAACAUUCAAACGAGGCUAAUGGGACUGUGUUGACUUCAAAAUCGGGGUUGUGAAUUUCUUUUCAAGCGUUGAUCGACAUGGUAAUAGCUCUAUAGUAUUGGAGAGAAGUUGAAAAAAACACCCUCCGUUACAUCGUGACGUGUCAUGUCGUAACGUACAGCACGCAUAAAGCAACUUUCUGUCUUACAAUCUCUCUCCACCAGGUGUAGCACUUCCCUCAUCAUUUUAAAACAAGAAUUGGACAGUGACGGGGGUAAGGGGGGGAUACCUAGUCAUUUAUUGCAUCAUCACUGCAAGCGAUCAUCAUUCUCAAAGCCGCUGUUUAUUUCUAAGAUCACUUUAGCACCGCCCUAAAAACCUGAUUCAAAUUCGACACAAACCUUCAAAUAGGUAUGUAAUGACACAUUAUAUAGUAUUUAUAGUGUUUUAUUUACAUUUUAGAGGCGAUAAGUUGGACAGAUCGAGUGAAAAAAAUCUAUUUUCCCACACAUCUCUACUUUUCACGCAUUAGUUUCGCUUCCCCACCCGCCAUUUAAAAAAAGACCCGACCGGGGCUCAUUGCCUGCUUGAAUUAUGCAGAAACGGGCAGAGUGGGGGUCAUGUAAUUGAUUCUGUUGGAAAGGGGAGAAAUUGUGCUUUACAAUGGUAUUGACAUUACAGUUGAUCUGGAAGUAUUACAAUUUUGGGCCGCUAAAAUAAGGUCAAUUGUACGGACCAAGGUGAUGUACAAAAGUGAGUGAGUUUACAUUAAUAGUUAACGUUAGCCAAAGCAAGCUAACUAACUACUGAGCGUGCAACCCUAAGAAACAGUACAGAUGAAGAUUAAAAAUCAUCAGGCAUACAGUACAUUUUACUGUAGACAUUAUUGUUAAACAAGUCUAGAUUGGAACUGUUGCUGUUAAAAUACAAGUAAUAAUUGAUUGAAGCAAGAUUCUUUAUGAGGCAAACACUCACACAGUUCUGGGUUGCUCAUCUGCAGCAUUAAGCGGUCUCCUACCUGACUGAGAAAGCAGUAGAUGUUCUGAUCCAGUUUGGCACCACAUACCUAUGCAAGUCAGGGUUCUCAAGUAAAGAAACAGUGUCAAUGCUGAGCAUGAGUUCAGUGUUGCACUGUGAAAAACUGAGUCCAGAAUAGACCUACUUGUUGAAAAUUUCAACCAGCCACACACACCUCUCAUUAUGACUGUGUAUGUAGGUGUUUUCUGGUCUACAUCUGUGUGAUGUGAUCAAUCAGUUUAUUCCAGUUCAGAAUAGAAAAAUAAGUAUUUUAAACAGCAACAGUUCCAACCUAGACGUUCUGUCAACAAUCAUUUCUACAGUAAGAUGUACAGUAGGCCUGACAUUUAUCUGUACUGUUACUUAGGGUUGCACGUUCAAAAAGCCUGUGUGUGUGUGUUCUGUUAUACAUCUGUGUGAUGUGAUCAAUCCUUUUAUUCCUGUUCCGAAUGAAAUCAUUUAUUGUAUUUAACAGCAACAGUUCCAACCUAGACAGGUAUGUAAGAGUGUUUUGAAAUGGGGAAAAAUAAACAUGAAAAGAUAUUUAUGGGUAUUUCAUUAUUUGUUUAUGUAUAUAUUGCAUGUUUGUUAGGCAUAAAGGCAGUUAAAUGUACCGAUAUGUAUGUAUGUAUAGUUGCAUAUUUUCCUAAGCUUGGGUCCCAGGAAAACACAGAAUUUCUAAUUUGCGCCCCAAGCUGAAAAAGUUUUAAGAUCCCCUGCUCUAGUGUCAUUGUGUCACAACGUGAGGGGAUGAGCAUUAGGACGGACGCUGACAAGCUGUACGCCUUCCCCACAUUUGGGAACUGCUUCACUGAAGCAAACUAUGUGAAGAGGCACCAGACCGUUCUCACCAAGGCCCUUCAAGUGAAGAGCUUCUCCUUCCUGAGUAGCCUUAUCAGACAUAGGAGUGUCCACACUGGGGAGAAAUCGUAACAGUGUGGCUUGAGAUGUACACAAGGGAUAUCUGGGAACCAUUCUUUAGCUGACAUAUUAUGGUUAUCAUGUAUAGCGUCUUGGGGUACAGUAAGAGUUUUUUGGAUUACUAAGUCCCUCAGUUGAACAUCUGGGUAUGCUCACAUGACUUGUUGUUUGAGGUGCUGGCAUUAAAGUGUAACACUACAUUUCCCA